AUGUACCCUCAUUCCGCUUUUGUGGACAUUUCUCAAAAGAGUAAGAAAAGUCCUGAUAUUGUUGGAGGUGCACUGCGCCAGUCACCGACCUCGCUGGCCCGUUUCCCGAGCCAGGCUGCCGGCGCCCAAACUCGCCGCCCGCUCAAGCAGCAGAUCCCGCCCGAGCUGCACUGCCCCCAAGAGGCCGGCAGGGGGCAGAGCCGCUGUCUGGGCAGGCGCGCGCCCAGGCGACGUCUGCUGCGCCGCUCUGAAUGGAACCGCGAAGCCGGGAGGAGGGAAUGGAGGGCCGCGAGCCUGCUGGCCCCGCGCCUGGCCCGGGCCGCCCCGCGCCUGGCCCGGGCCCUCCGUGCAGGGAUCUUGCAGGUGAGCCAGCCUGGGGAGAUGCCUGAUCAACGUGUUGGGGAUGAAGGAGGCAGUUACUGGAUUUUUUUCCAGGGUCAUGGUGGCACUGACUGUUCCGGUGGGAACUAUGAAGGCUGGGAGACGGGGACUGUGGCCGUGGUUGUGGAGGAGGAGGAAGAAGAAAUGAAAGAUAGAGACGACAUGACGUGGUACUUGAAAACAUCACAGUUAGCACUGGCUUUAGCUAUUAUCCGUUCAAAGCCACCAGAUAAAAGCAGCAAAGAAUAUGCAGAGCACCUGGCUAAAAUAAUUUCCAGACAAGAUUCCAAGUGGAAAUUGAGAGCUGAAGUGUUAGAAGCUGAAGUUCUUCAUUUAAGGCAGCAGCUCCUUUUGAGUACAUUUUUCCCAGGAUUACGUGGAGAAAAUAGAACUCCAGAUGCUGUAGGUGAGGCACUGCUGCCUUCUAAUACUGAAGAUUACUCAGGCCAUUUUGAAGAUUCUGGAUGCGAUGUCUCAAGCGACUACAUAGCUGGUGUGCCGGAAACCGUACCUACUUUCAACUUCAGGGAAUGUGGUUGCAGUAGUUCUAUAUCUGAUGUUUCAUCAAGUCGACUUCCACUGUUGACUUCUUCUUGUGUCAGCAAGAGGGACUCUGUAGUUUCUCACAUGCAGUUCCUGCAACAUUUCCUUGAACUAAAAAAACUGUCAGAGGCUGGCGGUUUGAGAACAGACUUUAAAAAACUUGGAAAUGAUUGCUCCACAAUAACAGAUUCUUUUUCUCAGUUGCUCGAUGGCCUCGUUACUUCAUACAGCCUUUCAGAAUUGCCUUUUUCAGAUGUUAUGCAUCAGGCAGUCUGUGUCAUAACCAAGCUGUUAAGUGAUGCAGAUGUAUCUAGUCAAAUUCUGGGCAAGUGUUUUAAGAAACUGGAAGACUCUAUGAAAAGACUUGUAGCAGUUGUGUUGAACAGCAGCAACCUCAACAGAUUUCAGAUGCAGGAUUCUAUAUCUCAUGCCCUUGUUUUGCUUGGGGGAUGCAGCAUACUAAGGAACUUCGCAAUAUCCCUGCUUUUCAGAGAAGUCAGUCAAUUUGCCGAUGAGCUGCAGCAUGCUAAUGAGAUCCAAGCCAAGUACCAUAUACAAUAUGAAAAUAUAUUCUUUCUAUGUAGAGUUUUGGAACAGCUUCUUAAAACGGGGUUAGAAGAGGAAAAUGCUGCCAGUUCAGGUUGUGAUGAAGAACAGAAGCAGUUUCUGCAGAAAAUUGAUCAAGCUAUUUUUCACCUCUCCGAUGAAUUCCCUUUGUUCUGUAUUUAUCUAUGGCGACUAGGUACACUUCUAAACAAAUCACAAAUAGAAACAUGUGAAAGAAACUGGCCCCCUUUAUAG